AUGCGUCCGGACCAGGCCUCGGCUUGGUACCGGCGCAUGUCCACUGUGUACGCUUUGGGCACCUGGACCGUGCUGGGCGCCUUGAUUUUCUCCGGCCGCAAAAAGAGCAAGUCACUAGGUGAUGAAGUAGGACAAAAAGAUGUCUCAACAUAUGAAAGCCCUGAGUCAAGUGAUGAAUUAGCCCUAAGGAAUGAAGUAACUGAGCCCCCAAAAGGGUUUUACGUGGAAACGAUUGUCACAUAUAAAGAAGAUUUUGUUCCAAUUACUGACAAGAUCAUCAACUAUUGGAAAUCAUGGACUGGUGGCCCUGGACCAGAAUCAUGA